ACGUGUGUGUGUGUGUGUGUGUGUGUGCGUGUGUGUGUGUGUAAAACGAUUUCAUAUUUAUUUUUAAGCUUAUUUAAAGAAAAUAUAAGUAUGUUAUUCGCGUAGACAGGAAUUCGCAUUAAUUUUGACAAAUUGCAAUCAACGAAAAAAAAUAACGUUGCCAGAAAAAUUACAAAUGCCGGAUAAUCGACAAGAAACGACCGAUACCCAAUCGCAGGCUGCGCAACAAAUGCAGGAUCUUUUGUGUACAGAUCGAAACGAGACGGAAAAUGCGGAGAUAAUAGAGAAGAUGGUAUGCGGUUUACACAAUCUGCAAAUCGGAGAUUCGACUCCUAUGCCUUUACACCUAUCUAAAUUAGAGAAACAGGUGAAACACAUCGUGCACAACAUCGACAAUAUCAUAUACACGGAGCCCGCCACUCCCGUGGAGACGCAUUCGACCCAGGGCCAGGGCGACGUGCACCAGAUAAUCCACGACGCGGUGCUCGAGAUGGCGGCGGACCCGACCUGCGCCCGCCUUGAGAAGGUGACCGACAGUUCCGAGGCGACGAGGGUGUCCACCAGCCUAAUAUAUCGAAUGACCGAGGAACUCGAGUCUAGGAUGGGGGAGCGGGGCAAGGAGCCGGAGAACGAGGAGCCCGAGCCGGCCGUGAACAAGGAGAAGAUGGAGGGUGGGGAGGAGUCCGAGGAGCAAUUCAUAAGGACCAUAGAGAGUAUCGACGACCAGGAUCAGAAAUACGUUGAAUCGAUCCCCGAGAGCAGGACGGACGUUUGCGACUUCGCUUACGACGGGCUGGCAUCGUCCUUCGUCGGUUCCUCGACGCCGUUCCCAAAGAACUCCUCUUUGGAGGAGGUGGCCAUCGAGGAUAUCACUUCCUCUCCCCUGCCCCCAGACGUGGAGCAACGCCCGUCCGGGAAGACGAAGAGUCUUACUCACAACGAGACGCAAUCCGAGGAAUUGAAGAAGAAGGGUAUCCUGAGCAGAACGAGGAAGCUGUUCCGCACGAUUUUCGGACGUCGAAAGAAAUGAUUUUUCGGGGACGGCCGAGUUGUCCCGUUUUUUUUUUUUUUUUCUCACCCCUCUUCCCCCUCUCCUUCUCCUUCUCCCCUCUCUCUCUCUCUCGAUGGAACGAAAUAUGA